CCAAAGCAAUUGUAGUAGAUGUACGAAAGCACUGGAAAGUAAAGCACAUGUAACCAAAGAUCCUUUCUCUCUCUAAUCUGUCUCUCAUUAUACUGCAAAAACCCGGUCCCUUUUUCUUGCUCUCUCUAUCUGAACGUCUCUUUAGCAUCAAAAAGACCAGGUUUUUGAAGCAACAUUUCUGAAAAAUGGAAAAUGGGGUAGGAAUGGUUGAUGGUUCUGUUAUUGUAGACGAUAAGGUUGUGGAAGAAAGAGUUGCCAACGAAAAAGUGGAGGAGAGGGUCGUUGGGGGUUCCGCUGAAAUAAAGGAUGUAGAAGAAGAGGUUUUUGAGGAGGCAAUUGGAACACAAGAGGGUUUGCAGGAGCAGACAGAAAAAUCUGGACAGGGGGACGGCAGUGUAGCUGCUGAUGCAAAUGGAAAUGGUGAGACAAUCAGUGACGUUGGUUCAGAGGAAGUUCAGGAGAAUUCGAAUUCAGAGCUUGAGGCUGAGACGUUUGAAGAGGCUGUUGGGGUUCCAAGUGAAGUUGAACCUCUGGAGGAUGUGGUUCAGAGUGAGGUUGGACCUAAGGAGGAUGUGGUUCGGAGUGAGGUUGGACCUAAGGAGGAUGUAGUUCCAAGUGCUAAGGAGGAUGCAGCAGUGUCAGUGGAUGAGCAGAAAGUGGAGGAACUGUUGGGUGGGGGGAGUGUUGGUGGUAGUGUGGUGUCUGAUAAGAUUGAUGAGGGAGGGACUGGAACGGGAGCAGGGACUGAUGAAUUGAAUGGUGGAAAGGAGUUACCUGAAAUCAGUGGUAUUGGAGAAACAGAAGUCCUGAGGAAUGAGGAUGAAGGAAAUGUGAAGUCUGAUACAGUAAUUGAGAAGCCCGUAAAUGGAGAUUCUGAUAAGGUAUAUUUGGAGGGAACAUUGGCAGACCAAAGUUUGGAAACUUUGGAAGCUGAUGAGGUGGGGGAGGAUGUAAAAAUGGAAACCAAGUUGGAGGUUUUGCUUCGAGAGGUUAAGGUUGAGGAAUCAAGGGAGGAUGCACUGGCUACUGAUUAUGAAGACCAAAAGGUUGGAGAAUCUGCUGAUACUUCAGCUGGUGUGAUUGUCAAGCUUCAAGAUGAUGAGGUUGCAUUGAAUGACAAGUCAGCUAACCUUGACAAAGGAGAUCAGGGAAAAGAGAGUACAGAAGUAAAAGGUGCCACAGCUGUUCUUAAUUCAGGGGAUGGUGGAGAUGAGGGUGAAAAAGCAAAUAAUGCUUUGGCUAAUGUGGAGAUGGAAGAUAAUAGGUAUAGAGAAGUAAAAGAAUCAUCAGAUGCAUGGGGUAUAAAGUAUAACGGUGAGAUUGAUGAACUGAAAGAUAUGUUGUCUGAGUUGAGUACAUCUGUGGAAGGGACAGUUGCACCUGAAAAUGGAAACUUAUCUUCUUCAGAAAAGUUUACAGAUGAGAGGAAUGUGAAGAUUGAGGCUGGUAAAACUGAUUUGAGAACAGAGGUUCAUGAUGGUUCUCAAUAUGAGCUCCCUAAUGAAAUGGUGGAUCAAGUUCAAGAUAUUCAUUGUGUGACAGAAGAGUCUGAAAAGAAAGUGGAGAAAGAUCAGGAAGAUAAGCAAAGCAUCCAAAUGACUUUAGAGCAUGAAGUGCAACAUGCUCCAGGAUCUUCUUUGCCUGAAAAAGCUGAAGGAUCUGGAAAGAUUGCAGAUACAGAUCAGAAGCUGAAGCAAAGCAACCCUGUGAUUAGACAACGUGAAAUUUUACCUGAUCCAGUGUCUUCAUCUGUAAAAUCUACAAACUCUGCUGCUCCUCCUUCUCGUCCUGCUGGCCUUGGGCGUGCUGCUCCGUUGUUGGAGCCUGCUCCUAGGGUGGUCCAACAGCCUCGUGUAAAUGGCACUGUCUCUCAGGCACAGACACAACAGAUUGAAGACCCUGCUAAUGGGGAUGCUGAGGAGAGUGAUGAGACUCGGGAAAAGCUUCAGUUGAUUAGAGUUAAGUUUUUGCGGCUUGCACAUAGGCUUGGGCAGACUCCCCAUAAUGUUGUUGUGGCACAGGUUUUGUACAGGCUAGGAUUAGCUGAGCAGCUCCGGGGGAGGAAUGGGGGCCGUGUUGGUGCCUUCAGCUUUGACCGUGCAAGUGCUAUGGCAGAGCAGCUUGAGGCAGCUGGAAAUGAACCCCUUGAUUUCUCUUGUACAAUUAUGGUGCUUGGGAAGACGGGAGUUGGUAAAAGUGCCACUAUUAAUUCAAUAUUUGAUGAAGUUAAGUUUGGUACUGAUGCUUUCCAGACAGGUACAAAGAAGGUUCAGGAUGUUGUGGGUACCGUACAUGGGAUUAAGGUACGUGUGAUUGACACACCAGGCCUUCUGCCUUCCUGGUCUGACCAACGCCAAAAUGAGAAGAUCCUUCACUCUGUUAAACAUUUCAUCAAGAAAACACCUCCAGAUAUUGUGUUGUACCUUGAUAGAUUGGACAUGCAAAGCCGGGAUUUUGGUGAUAUGCCCCUAUUGCGCACUAUCACUGAGAUCUUUGGACCAUCUAUAUGGUUUAAUGCAAUUGUGGUUCUGACUCAUGCAGCUUCUGCUCCACCAGAUGGUCCAAAUGGUACUGCUUCUAGUUAUGACAUGUUUGUUACUCAACGCUCUCAUGUUGUCCAGCAGGCUAUUCGUCAGGCUGCUGGGGAUAUGCGGCUCAUGAAUCCUGUUUCAUUAGUGGAGAACCACUCUGCAUGUAGGACAAAUAGGGCAGGCCAGAGAGUGUUGCCAAAUGGUCAGGUUUGGAAGCCUCAUUUGUUGUUACUCUCUUUUGCAUCUAAAAUUCUGGCUGAAGCAAACACCCUUUUGAAGUUGCAAGAUACUCCUCCAGGAAAGCCUUUUGCUACUCGAACGAGAACACCUCCUUUACCUUUCCUUCUUUCGUCUCUUCUUCAAUCAAGGCCGCAAGUUAAGUUGCCUGAAGAGCAGUAUGGUGAUGAGGAUGGUUUAGAUGAUGAUUUAGAUGAAUCCUCAGACUCUGAGGAUGAAUCAGAAUAUGAUGAGUUGCCACCUUUCAAGCGGUUGACAAAAGCCCAGAUAGCAAAGCUUACUAAAGCUCAGAAAAAGGCAUAUUUUGAUGAGUUAGAAUAUAGGGAAAAACUUUUUAUGAAAAAGCAACUGAAGGAAGAGAAAAAGCGGCGAAAGAUGAUGAAGAAAAUGGCUGCUGCUGCUAAGGAUCUUCCAAGUGAGUAUAAUGAAAAUGCAGAAGAGGAAAGUAGUGGUGCUUCUUCUGUUCCAGUUCCCAUGCCAGAUUUGGCCUUGCCUGCUUCUUUUGAUUCUGAUAAUCCUACUCAUCGGUACCGUUACCUUGACAACUCCAACCCGUGGCUUGUAAGGCCUGUUCUAGAUACUCAUGGUUGGGAUCAUGAUGUUGGUUAUGAAGGUAUUAAUAUAGAAAGGUUGUUCGUAGCUAAAGAUAAAAUUCCCAUAUCAUUUUCUGGCCAGAUUACGAAGGACAAAAAGGAUGCCAAUGUCCAAAUGGAACUAGCCAGUUCUUUAAAGCAUGGGGAAGGUAAAGCAACUUCAUUAGGUUUUGAUUUGCAGACCGUUGGAAAGGACUUAGCCUACACUCUGCGCAGUGAGACAAGGUUUAGUAAUUUCAGGAAGAAUAAGGCAACAGCUGGCAUCUCAGUUACACUCUUAGGGGAUGCAUUAUCAGCUGGAGUGAAAGUUGAAGACAAAUUGAUUGCUAAUAAGCGGUUCCAGGUAGUCAUGACUGGGGGUGCCAUGACUGGUCGUGGUGAUCUUGCUUAUGGGGGCAGUUUGGAAGCACAAUUGAGGGAUAAGGAUUACCCUCUGGGUCGCUCUUUGUCUACACUUGGGCUUUCUGUCAUGGAUUGGCACGGAGAUCUGGCCAUUGGAUGCAAUAUACAGUCGCAGGUCCCUGUUGGACGGUCUACAAACUUGAUAGCACGAGCCAAUUUGAAUAACAGAGGUGCAGGACAAGUCAGUAUACGAAUAAACAGCUCAGAACAGCUUCAGAUCGCUUUGAUUGCGCUCCUUCCUCUACUGAAAAAGCUACUUGAUUAUCCUCAACAAAUGCAGUAUGGACAAUGAUGAAAAUUAGGUUUUCAUUUGUGCAAUAGCAUCCAAUGCGGUGAUAGGACAAAUUUUUAAAUAUGGCCAUCUCCAGUGGUCUUCAAGAGUGAAUGAAAGUAAGGUGCUGAAAUUUCUUUUAUGUUUCCAACUUUUUUUUUUCUAAUUUCAACAAUAUCAUCAUGGAUUAUAGUGAUUGUAGUUUCCUUGUUAGAUAUUUUGCAUAAGGGUUUUUUGUGUUCCCAUGAAACCAUGGUCAAGAAUUGCUUCUUUUCAAUCGUUCCUCUUGCCUAUAUUAUAUUUCUUCUGUGAGUGCAGAAAACUGAUUCAUCUUGA